AACUCCAGAGGUUGUGUCAUCCUUUGUCACACUGCCCAGAUCGUUAUAAUAAAGGAGUGCCACGUUCUGACAACACAUUCCAGUUACAUAAUUUGCAUAAUCACUGACACCAAUUUAAGGGCAGCACCGGCUGGACACAACAGCCAGCUCUGAACGCCGAACACCGAGUGUGUGAGCAAAGGGAACAGAGGGAGCUCUGCCCACCGGGACUGAGCGCUGCGAAGGAACCGAGAGGAAAGGGAACCACGAAUGGCUCCGCUGGUGGGGAGGGGCGAAGAUCUGUGAGUGACGGGCACAGCGGGGACAGGGGCUGCGACUCCAAUGAUGUGAGAUACAUCACAGGUCCUGGACUGCAAACAGCAGCAGCUCCCAGAUCAGGACGGGCAGAUCUCAGCUCCACCAUCCAGCAGCUCCACACAAUGACAGCAGGAGGCCAACAGUGGAAUUCUCCAGAGCACGAAGCAAAGCUGCUCUGCCCAGGAGAAGAAAAACAACAUUUCAAACACAGCUGCAAAUGGAACGUGGGCAGAAGGAAAAGUGCCCUUUAUUCCUUUGUGAGUGGAGUGCUGGUGGGCGUCAUCGUGGGCAUCAUCAUCAUCAUCAUCAUGAAGCUGGUGUUUGGGAGAGAACUCCAGCGCUGUGAGCUGUGCUCACCAUGCCCAGAAGUUUCCCAUGUGAGUCACAACGCCUGGGUCGGUUUCCAAGGGAAAUGCUAUUAUUUCUCGGACACAGAGAGUGCAUGGAACAUCAGCAGGGAGCACUGCCAGCAGCUCGGAGCUUCCCUGGCCACCAUAGACAGCAAAGAGGAGAUGGAAUUCGUGCUGCGGUUCCGGGGCCCGGCCAACUGUUGGAUUGGGCUGCACAAGGCAGAAGGGGACGAGCGCUGGAUGUGGGUCAAUGGCAGCGCCUUCAGCAACUGGUUCCAGCUGCAAGACGGAGGCCAAUGUGCGUAUCUGAAUGGGGACAGGAUCAGCUCAACCCUCUGCUACACUGAGAAGUCCUGGGUGUGCAGCAGAGCCGACGGCUGCGUCCACUGGGAGCAGAAGGCAUUCCCAUAUUAACUGAUCCCAUUAGCAAUAAGGUCGUGGAGGUGCAUGGAGC